AUGAAUGUUUUUGGAUUGGGUGUAGCUGGUGCCGCCAUUUCCACAGUUGCAUCUCAGUACAUUGUGGCCUUUUUGAUGCUAUGGCAUCUUAGCAAACGAACAGUUCUAUUGCUUCCCAGCUUGAAAUGUUUGCAAUUUGGAGACUACUUAAAAUCUGGUGGUUUUCUUCUUGGAAGAACUCUUGCUGCUGUGCUUACUGUGACACUCAGCACCUCAAUGGCAGCUCGUCAAGGAGCCUUGGCUAUGGCUGCUCAUCAAAUAUGCUUGCAAGUAUGGUUGUCUGCAUCACUUCUUGUCGAUGCCCAAGCUGCGGCAGGCCAGGCACUCAUUGCAACUUCUUUUGCAAAACGAGACUACAACAGAGUGAAAGAAAUUACUUCUGCAGCUAUAAAGACCGGACUAUUCACUGGCUUCUCCAUUGCAGUAGUACUGGGCUUGUUUUUCCCUUCAUUAGCCAAGUUGUUCACCAAUGACAUGCAAGUUUUAGAUAUUGUCAAAUCUGGACUACUGUUUGUCAGUGCUAGUCAACCUCUGAAUGCUAUGGCCUACAUUUUUGAUGGGCUGCAUUAUGGUGUUUCAGAUUUCCCAUUUGCAGCUUGCUCCAUGAUGGCAGUAGGUGCAAUAUCAUCAGCAUUCUUGCUCUAUGUUCCUCCCAUUGUUGGUCUUUCUGGUGUUUGGUCCGGUUUAACCAUUUUCAUGGGGCUGCGCGGUGUGACCGGAUACUUGAGAUUAUCAGCGAAAGACGGUCCAUGGUGGUUCUUUCAAGAAGUGAAGGAGCCGGAGGUUGGUGACGUAAAAGUUUAUUCAUAA